CUCGGCGGGCCGCUGGGUUCCAACCCCGGCUCUCUCCCCAGCUGCUCCCCGGAACCCGCCUCGCCAUCCCAGAGUCAGUGGAGACGCCUGGUGCCCCAUGUGAGCGUGCACCAGUGCGUGACCGUGUCCGUGCGUCGCUGCGUGACUGCAUGGUUGUGACUGACCCGUCGAAUACGUGCGUAGUGCGUGCAUAGGCCCCCGGCCCCAGGGCCCUGGGAGCUGGCGAGAGAUGAAGUUUGGCUGCCUCUCCUUCCGACAGCCUUAUGCGGGCUUUGUGUUAAACGGAGUCAAGACUCUGGAGACACGGUGGCGCCCUCUGCUUAGCGGCCACCAGAACCAUACCAUCGCCGUCCACAUUGCCCACCGCGACUGGGAAGACGUGGCCUGGUGGGAACUGCUGGUGGAAAGACUCGGGAUGACUCCCGCCCAGAUCCAGGCCUUGCUUCAGGAAGGAGAGAAGUUCGGCCGGGGAGUGGUAGCUGGGCUCGUUGACAUCGGGGAGACUUGGCAGUGCCCCGAGGACUUGGCUCCUCAGGAGCUUGUGGAACUGGAAAGUCAGGCUGUCCUGACCAACCUCCAGCAGAAGUACCUGACAGCCAUCUCCAACCCCAGGUGGCUGCUGCGGCCCAUCCCUUGGCCAGGAGGGAAGGAUGUGUUCCAGGUGGACCUCCCGGAGCACCUCAUCCCUCCGGGACACAAGGCGUGAUGAGCGUGCAGCCCUCAGGAGAACGUUGCUGACGGGGCAGCUCAGCAGCCUGGUGCGGGUUCCUAGCAGUAAGAUCAGGUGAGAGCUGCCACUGCGGAAGACUGCUACGCCAGGUGCAGUUCGUAUCCAUGGACUGCUUUACUCCCAUGCAACAGAGGGGCUGGGCUUAUCUGAGCUCACUGACCUUGUGUCAAUGGUAAGGAAAUGUCUUGGCUCGAUGCUGAUUGGGGUCCUGCUGAUUUCUGCACCGUUCAAAUAAACGCGCUGAAGAUGACUGUG